AAUGGCUCCCUUGACUGUUUGGCGAAAGUGACACUGGUUUGAAAAAGCAAGCAUGGAUGACAAAGAGGUGAAUUCGGACGAGGAGAGACAGGAAAGAGAACAUUUUAUACGAAUAAUUAACGCGUUUCGAUUUUACAGAACACACUCGUUAAAAAGAGUGAAGAAUGCAGAGAAGUAUUUCUCCGAGUUGCCCGAGGAGCACCAGUCGAUGGUUCCGACAUUCCUGGAAAAUCUGCGCCUGCUGCGUACAUGCAUCGACCACAACUACGAGGUGAUCAAGCUCAUCCUCAAAGACUCGGACUGCAUGUUCGAGAACAAGAACCACGGACUACCAGAGGGUCAGACGGCCCCUAAGAAGAUCCCUCCUACAGCCUUUGACAUGGACAAGGUGAAGACGACACUGAAACAGUUCAUGCGAGACUGGAGCGAAGCGGGGGCGGACGAACGUGAAGCCUGUUACGGGCCAGUGAUGCGUGAAAUCAAAAGACUUUAUUCUUCAGACAAGUGUGAUGCAUCGUCGGUGAACAUCCUAGUCCCGGGAGCCGGUCUCGGCAGGCUGGCGUUCGAGUUGGCGAAGUCAGGCUACUCGUGUCAGGGAAAUGAGUGGAGUCUCUUCAUGCUGUUUGCUUCCAACUUCGUCCUCAACAAGUGUAGCGAAGUGAACUCGUUUCGACUAUACCCGUGGGUUCACCAGUGGACAAAUUUAAAACACACAUCCGACCAGACUGUAGAAAUCAAAUUCCCCGAUAUAAACCCAACAGACCUCGCCCCCAACACAAACUUCUCAAUGGCAGCGGGAGAUUUCCUCGAGGUCUACACUGACCCAGAAGCGUGGGAUUGUGUUGCCACAGUGUUUUUUAUUGACACAGCUCAUAACAUUAUUGCAUAUAUUGAGAGAAUAUUCAAAAUACUAAAGCCAGGUGGACACUGGAUAAAUCUUGGUCCUUUGUUGUUCCAUUAUGCAGACAUGGCCAAUGAAACGUCCAUAGAACUGAGUUAUGAAGAAGUGAGAAAAGUUGUCGUCAGAAUGGGUUUUCAAAUAGAAAAAGAAGAACAAGAUGUGAAAACAACUUACACACAGAACCCUGAGUCCAUGCUUCAAUACAACUACUGCAGUGUCUUCUUUGUUGCUAGGAAACCAGUGUAAUACAGGAAGUGACAUCAUUUAACCUGUUACUGAGUGUUGAAAUGUGCUCAUUCAUCGUUUUUGUUGCCAAGAAACCAACAUGGCCACAGAAAUUGACACUUAAGAAAUGAAAGGAGUUGUAUCAGUGUAUUUUAUGGCUAGGAAGAUGACACAGCUCUUUGAAUUGAGGCUUUUACAGUGAACUGACUUGUGCUGUAUUAAUGUAGUCUGGUGCUAGAAACAACGUAAAUCACUCCCAUAUGCUGAGAUGAAAAUUAUCUUCAUGUUUCCUGAAUUCUGGAUUUUAGUGUCACCUGAAAAUUCUCUACUUUCUAAGACACUUCAGUUUUCUAGAUUUUUUGUUGUUGUUGUCCGAUCUCAUUUUCAUCUCUGCAUAUGUAGAAAUCUGCUAUUUGAGUUUAUUGUUGUGCAGUGAAAACUGCUGUGAGUACUGUUGCCUUAGUAACAUAAAGAGUGACACCUACAGAUACAGUUGGGCACCGACUGGCCAUUUACUGGAAAUUUCAAGCCCUGCUCGAUUUUGUUGCCAUGAACCUAUAACAGUCUCUGAAGUAGUUCGAUUUGACCUCCUUCAUCAAUUUGUGUUUGGACCUUUUGUCUCCAAUGUAGACUGUUCCAAACGAUCAAAUCAUUUGGCACAGUCCAAGUCCAUUUUUAUAUGUAAGAGCAUACAGUUUACAUGUAAGCUUAAUUUCAUUUUCAUUUUAACUUGAUUUCCAUGCUUGUAUCCUGAUACAGCUUAGUCACUAUUCAUCACUAUUUUAAUGUGGGACACUGUUUUAUGACUAUAAAGUUAUCUUGUGGAGUUGUAACAACAAUGUGUAGCACUUGUUAGUUAUACAUCAGCAGACUAAUCAUUUAGGUUUUAGGUAGACGUGACAGUGAUAACAACACACAGAUGAACCUCUGCCUUCGAGAAGGAUCUCUGUGCAGUUACUUAUACAUACAUGUAUACGUUCAUGUAUAAUUUUGUCUCCUUUUUAACAUUUUUAUCUCAUUCAUUUUAUUUCCAAUAAUGUUAAACAUGGCUCAGUACCAGGUGCAUCACGUCUGUCUGAGUUACCUCGCGUGGAACGGGUUAAUUGUUUUAAAUCAUUCAUUUCAGUUACUAGUUAUCGUUACUCUACAUUUGUGAUAUCGAUAGCGUGACCACAGGACAGAUUAUACCUGUUUUUAGUCAUUCUAUCUGAUACAUGUAUCAGGUUUUUGAUGAUUCCUAAAAGAACAAAAAACAAAAAAUAAACCUACCUAGGCAGAAUGUUUGUUUUCCACAUAAACCUACCAGUAAAUAAAACCCUAUAUGUUCUUCAGAAUUCUUGAAAUAUUAAGGUAUUAAUAGAGUUUAAUGAAAAGGUGGGUUUUUUUGUGGUUUUUUUGGUUGGGGUUAGGUUGUAGGAUUUUAAAUGUUUAUUUAUUUGUUUUCCCCUUCUGAUGUUUUUGUUUUGGUAGUGCCCCCCUCCCCCCAACACAAGAAAUAUGUAAUAAUUGUACACAGGACAUAUUGGGAUAUAUCAAGCUGUCUUGUUUCAGUAGUUUCCCCACUCCCUAAUGCCCCACCACAACACUAGAAAUAUGUAAUAAUUGUACACAGGACAUAUUGGGAUAUAUCAAGCUGUCUUGUUUCAGUAGUUUCCCCACUCCCUAAUGCCCCACCACAACACUAGAAAUAUGUAAUAAUUGUACACAGGACAUAUUGGGAUGUAUCAAGCUGUCUUGUUUCAGUAGUUUCCCCACUCCCUAAUGCCCCACCACAACACUAGAAAUAUGUAAUAAUUGUACACAGGACAUAUUGGGAUAUAUCAAGCUGUCUUGUUUCAGUAGUUUCCCCACUCCCUAAUGCCCCACCACAACACUAGAAAUAUGUAAUAAUUGUACACAGGACAUAUUGGGAUGUAUCAAGCUGUCUUGUUUCAGUAGUUUCCCCACUCCCUAAUGCCCCACCACAACACUAGAAAUAUGUAAUAAUUGUACACAGGACAUAUUGGGAUAUAUCAAGCUGUCUUGUUUCAGUAGUUUCCCCACUCCCUAAUGCCCCACCACAACACUAGAAAUAUGUAAUAAUUGUACACAGGACAUAUUGGGAUGUAUCAAGCUGUCUUGUUUCAGUAGUUCCCCCACUCCCUAAUGCCCCUCCACAACACUAGAAAUAUGUAAUAAUUGUAUGCAGAACCUACUGGGAUAUAUCAAGCUGUCUUGUUUCAGUAGUUUCCCCACUCCCUAAUGCCCCACCACAACACUAGAAAUAUGUAAUAAUUGUACACAGGACAUAUUGGGAUGUAUCAAGCUGUCUUGUUUCAGUAGUUCCCCCACUCCCUAAUGCCCCUCCACAACACUAGAAAUAUGUAAUAAUUGUAUGCAGAACCUACUGGGAUAUAUCAAGCUGUCUUUUGCCUCAUAAUACUAAAGGCAGGGACACACAGUAUAUGAACUGCUAAAUGGCACAACAAAAUAUUUCCUGAAAAUACAUUAAUGGUUUAAUUUAUAACAAUCACCAUAUAUGGUAUCGGUAUAUAUUAUAGUGUGGUAUGUGUUUUGGCACGCUAUCUUUAAAUAGCAAUUGUGUGUCAUCAAAGAAAAGCCAUGACCACAAAUGCAGAAAUGUUUGUUGACAGAAGUAUUUUGUUAUUGAUAAAAAUAAAGCAAUGUUUACAGUUUGCCGUUAAGUAUAAACAAUUAUAAAUACCAUGUAGCUAAAAGUACUAUUUUACAUAAUACAAAAACAUCCCUGUAUCUCCAGAUUUUCGCAAUGAAUUUUACUUACCUACAGCACGAAACAUUGUCGUCUGCUACUAGUGACAUAAACACAAGACAGUUAGACCACCCCUACUUCAAUCUAUUUCUAUAGACCACCCCUACUUCAAUCUAUUUCUAUAGACCACCCCUACUUCAAUCUAUUUCUAUAGACAUUUCAAUGAGUAUCCUUUCCUUAUUUUACAUGCACUGUAUACUAUUAUAUUAGGUGAGGAUUAAACGACGUUCAAGUGCAUAUUACUUCAUAAAACAAUAUCUGUUCAAAAUGAAAUGUGUAGUGAACAUUGUUUUGAAUAAUAGUAAUAAUAAUCAACAAACAAAAAUACUCCAAGGGCUGUCAAAUUUACCUCCACCCUCUCAUGUACAAAUAGUGACUGUUUGCACUGGGCUAUAUGGUUUACAAAUAGUGACUGUUUGCACUGGGCUAUAUGGUUUACAAAUAGUGACUGUUUGCACUGGGCUAUAUGGUUUACAAAUAGUGACUGUUUGCACUGGGCUAUAUGGUUUACAUGUGACUGUUUGCACUGGGCUAUAUGGUUUACAUGUGACUGUUUGCACUGGGCUAUAUGGUUUACAAAUAGUGACUGUUUGCACUGGGCUAUAUGGUUUACAAAUAGUGACUGUUUGCACUGGGCUAUAUGGUUUACAAAUAGUGACUGUUUGCACUGGGCUAUAUGGUUUACAUGUGACUGUUUGCACUGGGCUAUAUGGUUUACAUGUGACUGUUUGCACUGGGCUAUAUGGUUUACAAAUAGUGACUGUUUGCACUGGGCUAUAUGGUUUACAAAUAGUGACUAUUUGCACUGGGCUAUAUGGUUUACAUGUGACUGUUUGCACUGGGCUAUAUGGUUUACAUGUGACGAUAGGGUUAACAUUUAUUUUACAGGUAUUAUGUUUUACAUGUAUUAUUAAUAUGAAAUUGAUCGACCACCACACAUCGUUUCCAGUUGUUUGGAGUUAUUUUUCUUGAAUAUUGGUAAUUCAGAAGUUAUCAGGAUGUUUUGCUUCAAUUUCAAAAUAUAUACCGGUUAAAAGGUUAGAAUCUUACAGUAUACACAAGUAAACUAAACACUGCACUUUAUAUUGAAUUUAAUGUGUAUGUGUUAAUGAUAUAUAGAGAAUACUAAACGAGUCCCCGUGAGAGACCGUUUAUAUUACAACUCGUGUGUUUUCGAUCGUACAUCACGAGCGGAAGCGAGUGAUGUACGAUCGACAACACACUCGUUGUGAUAUAAACGGUCUUUCACGGGGACGAGUAUAGUAUUCUAUUUAUUACAACGCGCUACAUUAUUAAUUUGAGUCGCCAAAUAUAUUUUUUGUCUCUCACUAAACAGGACACUGAACGUAAACUUAACAGCGGAGUGAUUCAGAGCGCAUAACCCUUCUUUGCCUAUGCACUCUUUUUAUACUAUUAAAGUAUUUAUGCUUUCGCAAUGUCAUAGAGUCCCUCCAUCCCAAAAAUAAAAAUAAUUAAAACAAAUAACACACACUAGUAGUAAACAGAAUAUUAGUUUAAUAAACUAUAAUAUAACAAUCACUAUUCAAAGUCCAUCAUUUGAGUUUUCUGCAAAACGUUUAAACUUUCAAAAUUCAAAGCGCGUCGGUCUCAGUGUCACGUGUGAGUUUUCGACGUUUGGGCUUGCAUUCAGGAGAUUCAGUGUCAUCGUUAUUGUGUUUACAAAAGUUAAUAUUUAUGGUUCCACCAUAUAUUGGAGCAGAAAAAAUUGAAGAAGAUUUGUAGAAGAUGUAGUACAAGAAUCAAUCAUUUUCGUUGAAGUUGUGUCUGUUGAGUGCAUUUCCAAAGCACGUGACUGGUGGUCCGAUACCGUGUUACUGAGAAUAUGACUAAUUUCACGGUGCUGUGUUGUGGAAAUGUGGCUGUAGUUGUUGAUGCUUUGUAUAUUUUUAUGGCCAGAAAUUUGCAUUAUGUGUGUUGGAGGGAUAUUUUUCUCAGAAAGUUUUUGAACUAAGUAUUUUCGUGCAGAAUGGUUUGUGUAAAGUUUUAAUGGUAUGUUGUUUAUGAAUGAGUUAAAGUAGUUCCGUGGAUCAUGUGAUCGGAGGUCAUGACCUCUCAAAAAGCAUAUCUCACAUUGUGGGAUAUGAAAAAUCUCACGGGUAUCUCCGUCACCGCGGUGUAAUAAAUAUAAUUAGGUUAUGUCUGUCAAUAAUAACAAGAAAAAACAUUAUUUCUACACUACGCGAGAUUGUUGCUUAUCUGCGCCAAAACCCAUACCGCGAUGAUACCGCAGUUAUUGGUCUGGUAUAUAGCUGAACUAUGGCAGUGUAUACAAUAAAAUGUUUUAAAAAUAA